CCCGAUUGGGUAUAUAGGGUACCCGAUUGGGUACCUUCAACAUUUUCCUGGAAGCUGCAAAAAUCACAAAUACCCGAUCUACCCGAUCAGAUAUGAGACUAAAUCUUCAAAUAUACUUAGCCACGAUCACUUGUUCAUCACAUUUUAUUUUGACAUACGAAUCUGGUCAAUACCCGACCCGCAGGUUUGGAAUUGAGAUACUUAUUAAAUAAAAUAUUAAAAUCAAUUCUUGUGACGAUACACUAUCCACUCUUGAGAUACCAAAUCUAAUCUUCUUUUGGCAUCAACCGAGGACUCCAUCUGCGGCAGACAGCAAUUGUAACGGGGGCAACUUCAUCUGCGGCAGACUGCACCAGUGUGAGAGAUCGGGCACCGGCGGCAACUUCAUCUGCGGAAGACAGCGACUGCGGCGGCAGGGACUACACCAGUGUCGGCGAUCGGCGGCGACUCACAGUAGCUUCAAAGAAUCACCUAGGCGAAGAUUCCUAUGUGGACUAAAGCAGAGUGUGCGAAACAAGGCUCAUCCUGAAGGUUCAGUUGCAGAAGCAUACAUUGCAAAAGAGAGCUUGACUUUUUGUUCAAUGUAUUUGCGCGGGGUGGAAACUAGAUUUAAUCGAGAAGAUCGGAAUAGUGAUAUAGCAUCUGAGGAUAGCUUACUAAUCUUCUCGCAAAGAUGUCGUCCUUUUGGAGCAACAACAUAUGUGGAAUUAUCACAGGAUGAGCUUAAUGCGACACAAUGGUUUGUCUUCCAAAAUUGUGAGGAAUUGGAACCUUAUUUCGAAAAGCAUAAGGAAGAGCUUCUCUUUGGUGGGUGUGAAAAUAUAGAUAAAGAACACAAGGAGAAAUUUCCUGCAUGGUUCAAAAAGCAUAUGCAUAGUUUAUACAAACAAGAACCAUCAAGAGCAAACGAGUCUCUAUAUUCGCUUGCGUGUGCACCCCAUAGGUGUGUAAGAAAGUACUCCGGUUGUAUUGUCAAUGGCGUAAGAUUUUUAAUUAAAGAUCGUGAUACCCACCGCAAAAGUCAAAAUAGCGGAAUUGUUGUGGAGGGGAAUCAUGGUGAGGAGAUUAUCAAUUUUUAUGGAGUUCUAACUGAAAUUAUUCAGCUCGAUUAUGUUAAAGAUAGACAUGUUACUAUAUUCAAAUGCGAAUGGUUUGAUCUUGGGAGAAAAAAAGCUGGGAUACGAAAGGAGGGAAACAUCACUAGUAUUAGAAUAACUAAUAAGUGGUACGAAAACGAUUCCUACAUAUUAGCUGAUCAAGCAAGACAAGUUGUAUACAUCAAUGAUCCUAAAUUAGGAGUCGACUGGAGAGUGGUGCAACCAUUCCAGCAUAGGCAUAUCUAUGACGUACCGGAGCAGCAAAAUGAAGAAAAGAAUUAUGAUGAUUCUGUAGUGGCAAAUGAAGUGUAUCAAGAGAAUGAAAUUGAAGAAGCACUUGAAGUUACUCUUGAUGAUAUACAAUCCAUGCAUAGAGAGGAUAUAGAUCCUGAUGAAAUUGAGGAGACACUGAUUCUGGAACAGUUCGAGGGUCCUCAUACAUCAAGUAUUGAGGUAGACCAUGAAGAUGAAAUAGAUGAGACUUUGAUUGAUUAUUUGAGUAGUGAAGACUCCAUUGAAAAUACUGAUUCCGAUUUUGAAAGUGAUGACAAUGAUUGGGAAAUAUGACAGCAAUCACUAUUGCGACAACAUACAAAUUACAUGUAGCAUAACUUCACUAGAUAUGCUUUUGGUAUUUCUUCAUAGCAAUUGCGACAUGACAUUGUUGGGCGGGCUGAGACUGACAUAAAAACACUGGGUUGAGCUGGCCUUGUAGGAGGCAUUGUAACCCUCCAAAUGCCAUACAGUGAUCAUGAAGGUGGAAAUGUUAGUGCUCACACUGGCCACCUGGGACUUCAACGCCAAUGUCUGUUUUGGAUAUCGUCAGUCGUCGAGCUGCAGAGACAUGCAUGAUGACUUAUUGUAAAAUUAUUAGUUUUGAUGAAAAACUUACAAACAGAUGGUGAUACCUAUUCUAUGAAUUUUGAAUUUUG